AUGUCUGUGAAUCGCUCUCACUGGCGUAAUGUCUCCUUUUAUGAUGCUACCAAUCCCGACCAGGCUCUUGGAGGCGUUGUCCAGAAUGGGUCUAUAACCGAGGCAAAUUUUCUUGACAUGCUAGGGAUCUUACUUGUGAGUGACGGGAGCCCUCUGCGUGUUCAAGAGCGGAUAUCGAGUCAUAUCAUAUCCAGAACGGACCUGCCUCUUGAAACAGGAGUGUAUGAUAUUUAUUGCGACUGUAUGUGCUAUAUUUCCCUUGUUUAUUGGGCGGCCCAAUUGCUGAUUUUGUCAGCCUCUGUCCUAGUCAGCAAUGAGCUUUGGAUACGCCGGGAGGUUUCUCACAACGUCACCGGUAGGGAUCGUACAUUCUGUCAUAGAAUCCGUAAUCGUGAUCGGAAAUGCGUUAUUUCACGAAUGGCAAAUCCUGAACUUGGUAUCAAGGCUCUUGACUGGUCCGGUUACGAGGCUGCCCAUAUCUUCCCUCUUGAGCAUGAAAGCCAUUGGGUUGAGUAUAAUUAUGGACGGUGGAUUACAGACAUGAACGAUAGCACCAGAUCUUCGAAG